GAAUUUAUUUGAAUACUCGAAAGAGCAGUUGACAUGAAUACGUUGGUUUGACUUUGUGACUAAAAUCGUCCGGAUGAAUAAAAAUUUUAUAUUGAUAUUAAGUUUUAUAUAAAGUUAUUAAUUAUUAUCAAAACGCUAUGGCCGAAUUAUAUGAUACAGAAAAACAAAUUUUGCCAAUGGUCGAUCCUCACUUCUAUACAAUAAAAUAUAAAGUUAAUGCAGUUAAUACGCACAAUACAUUGACAAUUAGUUACGACAAAUUCGUUAAAAUAUUUCAAGAAAGUAAAAAUGGAACCUUUUAUUUGUGUAUUAUAUGUCAUAUAUCAUCUAAAAGACAAUGCAUAUAUUGUACGCCUUUUCUACAGUAUCCUCGAACGUUUAUAUUAGAAACACCAAAGAGAUUUUAUUGCAUGCCACAACCAAGUUUGUACACAAAAAAAAAUCACUCAUAUUUUCAGUCGAUUAUUUGGUUUAUACACAAGGUACAUAAUAACGAGAUCAACAACAUAGCCGUGCCUCAUAAUUUACAAUAUCCGCAACGUUUAAUUUAUCGUCAAGCUCCACUUUUUCGAAUUCCUAAGCACAUCAUUGACAUGGAACAUUUGAAAUACUACCAGUUUAUAAACGACAAAUUCAAAGGAGGAUCUCUCAUGCAGCAAAAGUCUGGCAAAUUGAGUUAUAUGCGCACACGUAUCUUAGGUGUGAAUGCUUCAGGUAUCAGGAUGACGCUGACUAUUGACAACAGUCUUGGUCCCAACGACGUCAGUAUUCCCCAACACAUGUUGGAUUCUUUGGACUUGGCUUGUCCAUACGUUAUCAUCAAUCGCGACCCAUCAAUCAAUGAUUGCGCUAUUUAUUCCUGUGAACUACUAGGAUAUGAAAACAAAAAUGACAAUACGAUCCAUGUUAAUCCGUUCGUUUUAGAAGGAUUGCACGCAGAUCAAGAUGGUGACGAUUUAAAUGUUUACUAUUUGAAGCACGAGAAUGAAGUUCCAAGUUUAGUAAUGCUCCGGGCUAUCACAGAACUAUUGCAGUUUUCUUGGAAGUAUGGACGUCGUCGAAAUAUAUGUAAUCAAAGUCGCUUUUCACUUGGUCAAUAUCACUUGCUAUUGCUUCAAGUUUAUGAUAAAUAUUUCCAAAGUAAAUCAAAAAUAUGGAAAAUUUUAUCUUCUCAGUACAGCACUACACCUAAGAGAGCAAACGUUCUUAUGCAACUUGGAUGCACAAUUUGGCGCGAUGAAGUCGAUGAAUUUCUAGAGCAGCUUAGAGUUUUUGGUAUUCGAAUUCGAUUACCUCUCAUAACAUUUAGAGAGAUGAUCAAUGGAUCUGGUAUGCUGCUAAGUGUUAUUGAAUCUGGCGCCAAAGGAUCUAUGGAUCACGUUAAAAUGUUCACGGAUAUACUGCAAGAGCGCGUUGAAAUUGGUGGAGCAGAAUAUGUUGAUAAUUUACGUGAAAGUUUCAAUAAUUACGUUAAUGCCAGCAAAAGUAUUUCGCUAUUGGGUCAGCAAUUAUUUAUUCUACUAUCAAUUUUCCAACCACUUUAUUUGCUACGAAAUGACAUAUACAUGAAAAACGAUACUAGAAUCAUUGGUAAUGUUUCAAAAUGUCCUCUUUUCAAUCUAUGGAUUUAUCAAAUGGAAGCUAUAACUCUUGUUUUCGAAGAACUACUCAAGAAUUGCGAAAGCGAUGAAAUGGAAGGCGUUGUAACAGAAAAUGAAUAUGAUGACAAAGAAGUCAAUUUAGCAAAUGAUGUGAUUGAUAAGCCAGGGAAAAAAUUAUUAGACGAAAACUAUAACAUAUCGAUAGAUCAGGCUGAAGUACGAUACUUUGAUUCAAACUGCCGCUGUGUUGAAGUCGGCAAUGUGUCGAAUUUCAUAGCUCCACGACCACGCAAUAUUCUCUAUUCUAUUCGUGGGAACUAUGUCAGCCCAAAUUUGAAUACCGCAACUGUUUUACCGAUGUUAUACGGACGAAUUUUUGACUACAUCUCUGAAAUUCAUAGUAGCGAUGAGUUACAAGAGUAUCUGAUAAACGAUUCAUUAAAAAUUAUUCCAAUUCUUGCAAAAUUACCUGAUAAUUACAAGAAGAGUGGAUUCAGAUUCGUCCGAAUAUUGAACUAAAUUUUGAUAGAAUUUGAGAACUAAAUCGAAAUUUGAUUCAAGGUUCAUUUACUUUUUUAGAACCAUGAGUUUGGAAGAGACGUAAAUUUAAGGAGGUGGGUCAGACUAGUGGACAGCGGAUGGGCUUCAUAACACAACAGUCACACUCCCGAUUUUUCGCAGUGUAGUAAAUUUUUAUUUCAUAGUAAAAAACGAGAACUCCAUGUUACAUUUGGCAUCUCCAUAAAUUGACAACUGGGCGCCAAAUUUCUCAAAAAGUUAGAGUCAAAAAUUGUCAUUCCAUAAGGGUUCCAUACCUAAUGAACUUCAAAAAUUUAAACUUUUACACUUUGAACUUGGAAAUUUGAACUUUGGCAAUUUGAACUUUGACGAUUUGAACUUUGAAUAAUUUAGUAUUUCUUACAUCAAAAAUAAUUUUUUUUCUCAUAAUUUUUUUUUAUAAUUUUUCAUAAUUCAUAAAAGUUUAAACUUACCAAAGUUCAAAUUGCGAAAGUUCAAAUUGUCAAGUUCAAUUUUCGAAGUUCAUUAGGUCGGUCACCUCCAUAAGUUGCCUACAACUGUCUCAGAAAAUUGACGACAGGUUGCGGAAGUAGAUCGCCAGCUUUUUGGGAAAUUUGGCGACAACUUGACAUCAGUUACAAGGGCUCAAGUUAUCGUCAACUUGAUCUCAACUAAUUGACACCAACUUUCUGAUCAGAAAGUCCAGCUAUCAAGAUAUUUUUACAGUACAUUUAAGUUUCAUUGCUUUAUUGUCGUAUUUUUGAAUUUAAAAGUGUUACAUAUUUUCGAUAGAUGGCGGCAAAACGCUUAUUCUGAAAUUGUAAAUAUAUACAGUUAAAUAUAGCCUCCGCCUGCUUCCGCCUUUUCUGUUUUCUCUUUCCUAUGUAUAUACAAAUGUGUAUUUAUGUACUUAAAAUACAACACAACCAAACUAGUAUAAUUUUCAUGUUGUUGUUUAGUUUUUCUUAACCUAUCUAGCGAUAAUAGUAAUUUAAUUUCAAAUAGUAGUUAUUGAAUUAUUAAGUACACAGAAAGUAUCAAAGGGAAAAAAAAAUUCCAGUCAAGGAAUGCUCAGCUAACCAUAAAAAAACCGAAAUCAAUUUUUUUUAUUACAAUGUUGUCAAAUGUUAAUAAUUAUUGCUGUUUCAAUUUCAAAAGUGGGGCAUUAAUGCUCGGGAUUCUCGAAAUAGUGCUUACAACAUGUAUUAUUAUUGUAGUUGGUAUAGACAUAGUUAAUCAAGAAGCUUUUAGUACCUCCAUUGCAUCUUCAUGUUCGCGGUCGAUGCUUAUAACGAGUCCGGGACUAUUAUAUUUAUAUAUUCCUAUAUGUUUUCUUUCGUUAUUGUUAUCUAGCUUAAUGAUUUGGGGCUCGGUAAAGAACAAUUUCAAAUUUGUGAUGCCUUAUAUUUAUUACCGAGUUAUUAUUUUAAUGCCUUAUUACCUCCAAUAUUUUUAUAACGCCAUUAGAAUUUUUGUUACGGACGAUUGUAAUCCUGAGAGCGGUAUUUUGCGACUUGUAUUCGGAUUGGGCGGAAUGGCACUCGGUGUUCAUUUCUGUAUAUUAAUUUAUAAUCAUAGUAAAGAAAUUAGGAAUGAAAAACUAAACAAUGCAAAUAAAUCAAUGUAUUAAGCUAAUAAAUUAAUUGUUUUUACGAAA